GCCACGAUUGACAGCAUCAGCGCGAACACCACGGAGGGCCUGGGAAUUGUGAGCAUUGCCCAUCGUCUCAGUACCGUGAAAAACUCGGAUCUCAUCUACGUGCUCAGCCGGGGCACGUUGGUGGAGAAGGGAAACCAUACCUCCCUCAUGGAGAAGAAGGGCACCUACUACGCCUUGGUGGCGGCUCAGGAGUCUUCUCACAAGGCCGAUGAAGCCGAAGAGAACACUGUGCCAGAGGUGCCGCAUCUCGGCACCUACCAUGAGCUGACUAGGCACGACCAGACUCUGCAGAUGGUCGUCAAGCGCUCGUCGACGAACUCCGGAGAGUCAGAGAGCGAGCGCGUGACUAGACGCCUCAAAGGCGUGCCGAAUCAGGCCAUCCUGGAGGCGGUCAUGGAGUUGAGGGCGAUGCCACGCUUUGGAAGCCAUUUCUUGGAGCUACGGUGGCUGCUGUUCUGCUUAGCCUCCAUGAAUCUCCGCAAGCUGAGUGCGAACUGCCGUUCGGGCAACGAGCUCAAGGUUCGCAUGCACACCACAACACCUGUCGGGGCAAAAAGCGACAUCCGCAUCGUAGACAUUAUCGAUACUGAAGGGAUCUUCCAUGAGAUCAAGACCGGCAGUGUCCGCUACACCCAAGCCACGGCGAACCAGAUCCUGAAGGACGCUCACAUUGUUAAGCAUAACCGUGCCUGCCAAGGCUAUGUCUGGGAGUUCUUCCCUGGCAAGACCGGUGAAACCAAAGUGGAUCCGAAAGUGCUCCAAGAGCUCGACAAACAUGGCAUACAGUACAUCAUCCAUGGACACAAGCCUGCACUAGAUUCACUAGAUGCUGCAAUCAAGUGCCCUCACUGUAGCAAGGAAGAUAUCUUGAAAAAUGUGCAGGACAUGGCACCGAAGAGCAGCACUGAUAAGGUGGCCAGUGCUAUGUCCCAGGCUACGGUUCUCAAGGUCGCAGGGGCCGUGAACUUGGCAGUUGUUCUGCUGAGUUUGGGAACAGCUCCUGUGCUGCGUGAGCACGUCGACCUACUGGAGCAGACGGUGCCGGAGCUGUCUGAAGAGUGCAGUCGCUUCAAAGCAUCCUUGGACAAGAUGGAGGUUGAGCUUGAUGCCACCCUCGCUCAGCCGAAAGACCGGUUUAACCGCCGUCAGCACCACAUCAACGCUGUGGUGAAAACAGCUUCGCGAGACUUUGACGACCUGCGCUUCCGCUUUAGCGAGAUCAUCCGCGAUCGCGAUGCGAGGCAACGGCAAGAACAGGCCGAGAAUUGUGCCAGCAUCAGUGGCUGCACUGUUCUAAUGGGCCUUGUUUUGACAGUGGCAGUAGUGGAAUGCCAUUGUGGUGCUGGUGUUUCGCUGGGCCUCUCGUCUGCCGCGGCUGGUGGCACAGGUGCUGCCGGUCUUGAGAGCAUUCACCAGUGCACUCGCAUCAUCGACAAGACGUCGGAUGAGUUGCGUUUGGCGACAUCAGCUGAGCAGGAUCUAAAUCACAAGUACACGCAGCUGAUGGAAGUCUUGGAGAAAAGCAUGCUGGCGAGCCUGUCUGAGAGUGUGUGGCGGGUCCACGACUGGACUCAUGCAGAAAAGUACAUCACGAACAUUUGUCGCCAGGACGCGCUUGCCCGCCUGAGCCGCAUCGGUGGUGGCUCCGUUUUGGGGGCCCAGGGUCAAAAGGUUCUGAUCGGCCGCUACGACGGGGGAGCAGAUAUUUCGCUUUGUACAAUUACAGACAUUGAGGGGCAUGGGGGCGUCUAUGAGGCGGCCGUGCAAUGUUCCACAAGCUUCAGUGCUUUCGGGUCGAGAAAUGCGCCGCGCCGUUAG